AAUAAAUAUAAUUGAUGUUGUUUGCAUUAAAGGUGCAUGUUUUGUCAAACAUUUGAAUGUUGAAUUAUUUUAUGCUUUACAAUUUUACAGCUACAGCGCCAUGAACAAUAUCAUCAAUCCCAUCAAUCGAGAACACGAAUAGAUCGGGUAUUUUGGAUUAUUACUGAAUUAGACAGUAACCAUGCAGCUUGAAUUUCUUGGUAUCAUCCUUGGCAUAGUGAUUUUUCUACAUACACUUCAAUUUGCAUUCGGCGGAAUAAUCUGUCCGUGGUCAAAGUACACAUCACAUAAAGUUGCUUCUUGUCCUGAAAGCCAGAGCGAAAUGGAAGCCAGAGCAAACGAGAAAAAUUGUGAAUCAAUAGCUCAGACACAAAAUUGUACAAUGCCUGAGAAAAUAAAGUAUCACUGUGUCAUGAACGAGCUCGAGAAUGCUUUUAUUGAAGUUUGUGCACCCGAAUAUCGCAUUCAUGGAUAUUGCACAGAGUAUAAUGAGAUUGGCACCGUUAUUCAGGCACACCACAAUUUGAAUUGCGAAAGCGUGAAACCUUCAUGUGAUUCAUCAUAUUUAUCUACAGAAGCAUUUCGUUAUAAAGGCUGCUACGACAAAGUGAGAAAUAAAAUCCAGACGCCAUCUACAAAAUUGACAUUGUCUGUUCCAAGCACACCCGAGUUCUACAGCUUUCAAGGCUUAGUUAUAAAUGGUGUACAAUGGUAA